AUGGAUUUAUGGGUUGUUGCAGCAGCAGCUGGAGCCGGAUAUAUAGCAAAGAACUGGCAAAAUUUCUCAGCCGAAAAAGAGGGUUUAACGGAACCUUCAUCUAAAAUCUCACUCAGUGUUCAAUCAGAAUCACGGAAUUUACUGCAGCAGAUUCGAGAUAAAACCUGUCCAUUGCGCAGAUUAGCGCGAAAAAGAGCACAAAGAGAUGUAAUUUCAGAGGAAAAUAAUGAUAAAGAUGUGAAUUUGUUGGAAAUGGACAGGUUAAAUAGUGGGGAUUCAGUAGCCGAAAUAGCUUCUUCAAGCAGUGGAAAUGCUUUUGAAAAUAUUGAAGGGCAUGAGGAUCAUAGUGGUGGGGUCUGGUUAACUAAAUUGUCACCGGUGUAUAUUGUAGGAGAAAGUUAUGCAGAAAAUUCGGGAUGUGAUUAUGCCGAAAGUUGUCAUUUCCACAGGUUUAGUAAGAACAAGCUUAUUAGAAUGUGUUGUCCACAUUCCGUGAGGUCAUUGAAUCCUUCAGAAAUUACUUGCCUUGAUGCUCAGCAAUGUAGAAUACAAGAUACAUUGGAAGAAAAUGUGUGUAUUCCAUCUGCGCCUAUGUUUAGGCCGCUGUUGGUAACUGAUAGAAGACAAAUUAUCAGAAGCUUAAGCAGUGAUUUAUCGGUUGUAGAAGUCGAGGGUGGAAAGGAGGAGGCCGGGAGAGAAGAUGGCGCUUGCUUGAAAGAAAAUGAUGCAUUGAUCACAUCUUUUUCCUUGAAACAUUUUGAAUCAGCGAUGAUCCAAAGGGAACCCGAAAAGCGCUCUGAUGUUUCACGGCCGAGUGGUUCUAGUGAUCGGGCGUCCAGCAGAACUUUCCAUUCACAUGGACCUGACCAAAUGCUUCUUUUCUUUGUCGGAAUGACUAUUGGAAUAAUAUCUGCCACUACGGCCAGUAAGAAUGAGGUAGAGAAGUUGAAUGAGCAGUUGAAGCAAACUCACAAUUUAGUUCAAGAUUUACACGACGAACUUGAAAAUCGCUCUCAUAGGAUAGAUGAUCCAUCAUUGUUAAUUCGGGAACCUGUUGCGUCUUGUUCUGAAAUGGAAAUGAAUGAAAUGAUCCAAGAUGAUAAUUUAAAGGCAAAUGAUAAAGAUACAGAGAAUUCUGAGUUGAGAAGCAAGAUCGAGGCAGAGCUUGAGGCUGAACUGGAGAGACUGGAGCACAACUUGAAGGCAUCUAAUCUGGAAAGAAUAUCUAUUGUUGCUGAUCUUGAUCCUGAUUUCGAACCAUAUACUGAGCAAGGAAACUUGAAAUUAGCUAUGUCUGGUGAAAAUCAUAACUAUACAUCUGAGUCUGGGAGUGAUACAACAGAGACAACCACUGAUUACUUGCAGCCUAUAAAUUAUGCAGUUUCCCCUCGGGAGCUGAGUUUGCGCCUCCAUGAGUUGAUAGAAUCUAGGCUUCAAGCACGCAUCAAGGAGCUUGAGAUAGCUCUGGAGAGUAGUGAAAAAGAGGCUCAAACUCUGGGAUCACAGAGCAUUGUCUCUCAAAGGAUAUUUUUCCACAGUGACACAGAAUCCUCGUCUUCUCCCGAAGUCCUACAUCUGUACAUGAACUCAACAAGAGACGGGCAUAUGGGGAUGAAUCUGUCUCUUGGUGCAUAUAAUGAGUUCAGUUGA